AAGUGUUUGAUUCAGCGACGCGUCAAUUCCAACGUGAAACAGAACUGAUACGGUACGAUACCAGUAUACUGGUAUAUAUAUUAAGUUGGUGGGCCAAAUGACAUACCGUAUUGGUGGGCCGCAAUGAGUUUCCUGAUGUGGCCCGCGUCACUGAAAGGUUGGACAUGCCUGCCGUAGUGAAUAGUAGUAGCGGUAAUGAGUUAAAAUAUCAUGGUCCUCCCAGCGUGAGUGCUGGUCACAGAGUAUUAUUUCCAAUUUGGAGUUACCGGUACCGGUACCGUACUGGGUAACGGUACCGUACAUCAUGUGGCACUAAUGUCACGCCACACUUUACCUGUUCAUGUCAACGUAAAUUUCACGUUUCUUUACUGAUGAAAAUGGCGGAGACGAAAGUUGCUCAAGAGCUCGUUCAGUUCUUACGGAUUUCUGCGAAACCGGAGCUAAAGAUAGCAGCGCUGGAGAAUGUUGUUGGGCUCACAAAUAAUGCGACUGGAAUUUCUUUCAUUUUGAAGUAUAAAGAUGUUUUAGAGGCUCUGCUUUCAUUACUGAAAGACAAAGUUCGAGAAGUUGCAGACAACGCUUACAAGGCGGUGAUAAAUUUAUCUGCAGAUGACAGUGCAUUGAAGUGUAUCAUUGAUGAUUAUGACAUCAUAACAGAUCUUAUAAAAACAAUAUGUUAUCCAGAAUCAUUCAAUGCUGACGGAGCUUGCAAAAUUUUAAAUAAUUUAACAAGGACGGAAAAAGGAGCAUUGGAAUUUUUGAAAAAAUGUGAAAAGAAAAUAGAAAAUGAUAAAAAUGACAAUUUUUCUGAUUCAAAAUUAAAAGAACUUAUAGAUAUUUUCUGUAAAACUAAAUUUAAUGAAAAUGGGUCUACGUUGGAUCAUAUCGGAACAAUUUUAACGAAUGUCACGCAGACAGAAAAAGGCAGGAAACUCUUACUGGACCAUGAAUCUCCUUUGAUUGGACAAUUACUUCCAUUUCUCAAUCCUGAUUCGUCCCCCUUACUGAGGAGGCGGGGCAUUUCUAUGACCAUCAAAAAUUGCUGUUUUGAUCAUGAACAUCAUGAAUGGCUUCUCGGAGAAGAAGUUGGAAUACUGGAACAUUUACUGUUACCAUUAGCUGGGGGUGAAGAGUUUUCUGAGGACGAAAAUGAGUCACUCCCCCUCGAUUUACAAUAUUUACCUGAAGAUAAAAAGAGAGAACCCGAUUCCAGUAUAAGGAUAAUACUUCUGGAAAGCUUAUUACUUCUCUGUGCAGACAAGCCAGGCAGAAUGAUCCUAAAAAACUCCGGGACUUAUUAUAUUAUCAGAGAAUUGCACCAGUGGGAAAUUGAGAAUGGACCAGAGGAGAACGGAGAACAAUGUGAAAAACUAGUGCAGAUACUGAUAGCUGAUGAACCAGAACCAGGAAUGGAAAAUUUAUGGGAGAUUCCAAAUGAGAAGUUAAAACUUGAUACAUAAUGGAGAUCAUACUGUUGGGCAUCAUUAAACAAACACAUAUUCACUGUUAUGGACAUUAUAUCAGUGAUGGCAAGGAUCGGACCCCUGACUCAGGCUUGAAGUGGACUUGAUUCACUUUUUAUUCACAAGUGCUUGAAGUGACCUAGAAGUGACCUUGAAGUUAUCUAGGUGGAAUAACCUAGAAUUCUGCUAAAUUUGUACAAAGCCGACCCUACAAAUCGUGACAUGUCGUACGCACCUGUCACAGUAAAUGGUUGCAGGAGAGAAUCAGUGCGAUUUAGAGUUAUCUGCGUAAAGGAAUAAUUUUUAGUGCGAGUAUAAGCCAACUCCUUAGUUUGACAACUUUUUUUUUUGAGUUUCAAAAUCAGCUCAUAUGUGAGGAUAGAUGAAGACAGAGGGCAUGAGCUCAGAAAAUGGGUGCUUUGACCAUCAAAACACUCCCAAGUCAUUCUUUUAAUCCUUACUCUUGUAAAAAAAAAAGAAACGUUUUUUGGAACCCAAUGUGUAUUUUAUAAAAUCAUAGUAUCUCUCAAUUACUGCCCUAUCCAGAGUGAAAGAUGCAUAAGAGAGUUAAAAAAAAUCAUGACAAAAAUGUUUUCCAAUUGUAUUUUUGUUCUUAUCAUUCAUUUUAAUAAUCAUUGAGUAAUUCUUAUUGCAGUGAUAUGGACUGUCUUUGAAACGUAGUAAAUAGAAUUCAGUCGUUUAAAUAACUCUAAUUUUGAUUAUGCUAUGUGAAUCUGAUUCAUUAUCAAAUCAUGUAUAUGCCAGAUUUUAUGUGCAAAUGUUGUUGAAACCAUAUCGUCAUUAUUAACUAAUGAGUUAAUAAUUCUGAUAAUCCAUGACUUAUGUGUAAAGUGUGCUACGGUUAUCUCUCCAGAUUGAUUUGAAGAUGAUUGAUGCAAAUAUUUGUAGCUUUGGUUAAUUUUACAAUAUUUUCUAUUACCUGGUUUUCAAAAUGAAUAUCUUUUGAACUUUUUAAGUUGUAUAUCCAUUUAUGCAAUAUGACUUGUAGUUGGAGAUUUGGAAUCAACCAUUCUGACCCCAUGCCCUUGCCCAGAGUGUAACGAAUUGCGCCCACAAUGCUGAAUGUG